UGGAUCUCAUACCAUGAGGAAACAUUCUUAACUUUCUGGGGAUCUUGACUGAGUUUUGAACAGUGCCCAACCCAAGUUCAAAGGCUGAUGAGAGAGCAAAACUACAGGGAAAGUCACUCAGUGGAUGGGAUCUUGGUGCACCGGGAAAGAUGUCAGGUUCUUCCUGGCUCCUUCUCAGCCUUGUGGCUGUCACUGCUGCUCAGUCUACCAUCGAGGAACUGGCCAAGACAUUUUUGGAGAAGUUUAACCAGGAAGCUGAAGACCUGUCUUAUCAAAGUGCACUUGCUUCUUGGGAUUAUAACACCAAUAUUACCGAAGAGAAUGUCCAAAAGAUGAAUGAUGCUGAUGCCAAAUGGGCUGCCUUUUAUGAAGAACAGUCCAAGCUUGCCAAAACGUACCCACCACAAGAAGUUCAGAAUCUCACAGUCAAGCGUCAACUGCAGGCCCUUCAGCAGAGCGGGUCAUCGGCGCUCUCAGCAGACAAGAGCAAACAAUUGAAUACAAUUCUAAGCACAAUGAGCACCAUCUACAGUACUGGAAAAGUUUGUAACCAAAGUAAUCCACAGGAGUGCUUAUUACUUGAACCAGGUUUGGAUGAGAUAAUGGCAAAGAGCACAGACUACAAUGAGCGGCUCUGGGCUUGGGAAGGCUGGCGGUCUGCGGUCGGCAAGCAGCUGAGGCCUCUAUAUGAAGAGUACGUGGUCCUGAAAAAUGAGAUGGCAAGAGCAAACAAUUAUGAAGACUACGGGGAUUAUUGGAGAGCAGAUUAUGAAGCCGAGGGGGCAGAUGGCUAUGACUAUAGCCGCAGCCAGUUGAUUGACGAUGUGGAACGUACCUUCUCAGAGAUUAAACCAUUAUAUGAACAACUCCAUGCCUAUGUGAGGACAAAGCUGAUGGAUGCCUACCCUUCCCGUAUCAGUCCAGUUGGAUGCCUCCCUGCUCAUUUGCUUGGUGAUAUGUGGGGUAGAUUUUGGACAAAUCUGUACUCUUUGACAGUUCCCUUUGGACAGAAACCAAACAUAGAUGUUACUGACACAAUGGUGAACCAGGGCUGGGAUGCAGAGAUAUUCAAGGAGGCUGAGAAGUUCUUUGUGUCUGUUGGUCUUCCUAGUAUGACUCAAGGAUUCUGGGAAAACUCCAUGCUAACUGAGCCAGGAGAUGGCCGGAAAGUGGUCUGCCACCCUACAGCCUGGGACCUGGGGAAGGGCGACUUCAGGAUCAAGAUGUGCACAAAAGUGACAAUGGACAACUUCCUGACAGCGCAUCAUGAGAUGGGACACAUCCAGUAUGACAUGGCAUAUGCCACACAGCCUUACCUGCUAAGAAAUGGAGCUAAUGAAGGGUUCCAUGAAGCCGUUGGAGAAAUCAUGUCACUUUCUGCAGCUACCCCCAAGCACUUGAAAUCCAUUGGUCUUCUUCCAUAUGAUUUUCAUGAAGACAAUGAAACAGAAAUAAACUUCCUACUCAAACAAGCACUCACGAUUGUUGGAACUCUACCAUUUACUUACAUGUUAGAGAAGUGGAGAUGGAUGGUCUUUAAGGGUGAAAUUCCCAAAGAGCAGUGGAUGCAAAAGUGGUGGGAGAUGAAGCGAGAGAUAGUUGGGGUGGUAGAACCCAUGCCCCAUGAUGAAACAUACUGCGACCCUGCGGCUCUGUUCCAUGUUGCUAAUGAUUAUUCAUUCAUCCGAUAUUACACCAGGACAAUUUAUCAAUUUCAGUUUCAAGAAGCCCUUUGUCAAGCAGCUCAACAUGAAGGUCCCCUGCACAAAUGUGACAUCUCAAAUUCCACUGAAGCUGGGCAGAAGCUGCUCAAUAUGCUGAGACUCGGAAAAUCAGAACCCUGGACCUUAGCAUUGGAAAAUGUUGUAGGAGCAAAACAUAUGGAUGUAAGACCACUGCUCAACUACUUUGAGCCCUUGUUUACCUGGCUGAAAGACCAGAACAGGAAUUCCUUUGUGGGCUGGAGCACUGAGUGGACCCCAUAUGCUGACCAAAGCAUCAAAGUGAGGAUAAGCCUAAAAACAGCUCUUGGAGACCAAGCAUACGAAUGGAAUGACAGUGAAAUGUACUUAUUCCGAUCAUCUGUUGCAUAUGCCAUGAGAAAGUAUUUUUCAAAAGUCAAAAACCAGACGAUUCUUUUUGGGGAGGAGGAUGUCAGAGUGAGUGAUUUGAAACCAAGAAUCUCCUUCAACUUCUUUGUGACUGCACCUAACAACGUGAAUGACAUCAUCCCUAGAAAUGAAGUUGAAGAGGCUAUCAGCAUGUCCCGGAGUCGUAUCAAUGAUAUUUUCCGUCUGGAUGAUAACAGCCUGGAGUUUGUGGGGAUUCAGCCAACACUUGAACCCCCUUAUGAGUCACCUGUCCCUGUAUGGCUGGUUGUUUUUGGAGUUGUGAUGGGAAUGAUAGUGAUUGGCAUUGUUGUCCUGAUCUUCACUGGAAUCAAGGACCGAAGGAAGAAAAAGCAAGCCAAAAGGGAAGAAAAUCCUUAUGGCUUUGUGGACAUGAGUAAAGGAGAAAAUAAUUCGGGAUUCCAAAACAGUGAUGAUAUCCAGACUUCAUUUUAGAGAAAUCUUUUUCCUUCUGAGGUGAAGUUGUUGUAUGUAAAUGUUAAUUGCAUCGUUCAGAAAAUAUAAGAUUAUAAAAGUGUUAUUAAAUAUCAAAACUAUGGCUCUGUUCCGAAAACUAUGGCUCUGUUCCGGAUAGGUUGCCUUGAGCGAAUAUGAUGGAGGAGUGGGCAGCCUCACGGACAUUUCUCUCCAUAUUUAUUUCUGCCUCAGGAUUUGACUUCUCUUCUGUUUCCUAAUAGAGAUGUUUAUGUUAGAGAAUAACAGACAAAAAGUUUCUUGGGUUUCACAGGCUAUUACGGGAUAAUGGAAGUGGAAAUUUCUGUUGCAUCACUGUAGUUGAAAACAAAAAAGAUGUAUCAUGGGAACAAGCACUGGGCCUUGGAUGGAAUCUGGGGGGGGAGGGCAUUUGUGAGGACAGGGCCCAUGAACUGGUGGGCUUGGAGGAACUGAGCGUGGCACACACGGUCCACUUGAAUCCAAGCGUGAAGGCUGACGGGCUUUCUUCACAGUGACUUAAUUCAAGUACUCUAGGGAUUCGUGUGCACACAGUGAUGUCUAGAAUGGACUAUGUCUUCUUCAGGGCGACAGGCUGAAAGAAGAGCGAGCAAGAGCCCAAAGAACAGGGGAGGACCUUACCUUUUUCCUUCAAGCUGCUAGAUCAACAUCUCCCCAACAACACACACCCAGCACUGGGGGGAGGCCUCCAUGAGUCCCCAGAGAGCUGCUUCUGUUAUUCUCUAACUGUGGAGGGAGUGGGAAUUCUAACUGAAUAUUCAGCCUCCGAAGUGUGUAU